AUGGAUAGCUUAUAUGGUGAUUUACCUCCUCCAAUAUCUAGUAAAAAUUUAGGAAAGAAUGAAAACAUAAAUACUUUAAGUAAACAAAAAAAUUAUAUUGAAAUAAAUAAAAAUAUAAUAACCCCUGUGGUUGUCCAAAAAAAAAUUGCAAAUAUAAAAAAUUUAAACAAAAACAUAGAUCAUAAAAAUUCUGAAAAUGAAAAUGAUAUAAAUAAUUUAAAUAGUGAACUUAAAAAUAAUAACGAAACAACGAAAAAUGUUAAAGUGGACAAUAAACAUUUAAAUAAUCAAAAUUUAAAAAAUGAUACGAAAAUAGAAAUAAUAAAUAUAAAUAAAUCAAUUCAAGACGAUUUAAAAAAAAUAAGUGAUAGAUUAAAUAAAAUACAACAGUGUAAUAAAAAUGAACAUACAUUAAGUAGUAAUGUAAAUAAUGAAGAAAAAUCUAAUACAAAUAUAGAAAUAAAUUUUAAGAAUAAAAUUAAUGAAAGAAUAACAAAUAAUUUAAGUGAAAAUAAUAUAACAAAUAAUUAUAUUAAAAAUGAAUUAUAUGACAAAUAUUUCAUUACAAAUGUAAAUGAAGAUUAUGAUCCUAACAAACCUAAUGACUUAAACAAAAUAAUAAAGGAAAGAAAAAGGAAGAAGCUUAUUAUGCUAGCUGAGAAAAAGAAAAAACAAGAAAUAGAUCAAAUAGAAGAAACGAAAGAAAAAGACAAAAAAACAUUAAAAGAUUUUGAAAACAAUAAAAUAUAUAGAUAUAAUGGAAGUAAUACAAGUGAGUAUUUAUUUGAAAUGGAAGAAAAACAAAAAUAUAAAAAAAAUUAUAUAAAAAAUGAAUUAAAAGAUGAAAAAAAGAAUGAAGAGGAGGAAUACAAAAAAUGGGAAAGAAAAAAUAAAAAAGGACAAAGUUAUAGUGAAAGUGAAGAUGAAUUAAAAGAUAGAAACGAGGAAAAGAUAAGAAAAAAAACUAAACAAAAUACAUAUGAUGAUAAUAUAUUAAAUGUAAAAGGUGAAAAUGGUGAUUUGUUGAAUAAAAAUAAAGAAAAAACAAAUAAUUUAAAUGAUAUUAAAAAAGAAGAAACAACUGUAAAAAAAGAUUUUGCUACAAGAAUGAUGGAAAAAAUGGGAUGGAAAAAAGGUGAAGGGUUAGGAAAAGAUAAACAGGGAAUUAAAGCUCCAUUAAUUUUACAAAAGGUUGAUAAAAGAAGUGGUGUUAUAAUACAAGCACCUUUAAUUUUAAAAAAUAAUGAUUUAAAAAAUGAAAGUAAUCCUUGUGAAAAUAAAUAUUCUUCAUACGCAAUUAAUAAUAGUUGUACUAGAAUUAUUGUUUUAACUAAUAUGGUGACAGUUGAUGAAAUUGAUGAUACAUUAAAAGAUGAAAUUGAAGAGGAAGCAUCAAAAUUUGGUAAUUUAUUAAAUAUAAAUAUUGUUGUUGAUAAAAAUUCUCAAGAUGCCCUUGCUGUUAAAAUAUUUUGUGAAUAUGAAUCAAAAGAACAAGCUAAAAAUGCAAUGAAUACUUUUAAUGGUAGAAUAUUUGCUGGUAGAAAAGUAGAUGCUUCUUUUGUAAAUGAAAAUGAAUAUUAUUCAAAUAAUAAAAAAAAUUAA